UUGAGAAGAACGAACAUACGCCAUUACGCAAUAAAGACACUGUGUGUCGCAACAACGAUGGACGAGGAGCAAAUGGUUGCGCUAAACAUGUCCGAUGGUGAGGCAAACGAAAGAGGGGCGCAGGACACAUCGAAGAGGAAAGGAAAGGCGCCAAUUAAAGCAUCAGUCGUGAAAGGAUCAGAGGAAUAUUUGCGUAAAAGGGCACGAAAUAACGAAGCCGUUCGAAAGAGCCGGGUCAAGUCCAAAAUUAAAAUAGAGGAGACACAACUGCGCGUGAAUAUGCUGUCAAAAGAGAACAGUGAAUUGAAGACAAAGGUCACGCUAUUGACUAAAGAACUGAACGUCCUUAGAUCGCUUUUUGCCAAUGGUGGCAUUACCAUUCCGGAGAAUAUUACAGUCGAUAAAACGCUGGAAGUUGGUGCAGAGGCUAGUGUCAGCACCAUCGUAAAGAACGAAGAAGAUAUUGACAAUGAUGUGUAGGUAUGAACAAGGUAGAAGUUGAUCGGUGUUGCUGCGAGUUUCAUCAAUUCGUUUCGCGGGAGAACGAUUCUCUUGAUGUAAAGAUAUUCACCAUUUAUUCUGGGUUAAUAUCUGGGGAUUAUGUAUGCGUUUAUACAUGGGGGUGAGAUGAUUUAGUUAGGAUUGAUACAUUUUCAACAAGUGCUGGCGUUGGUCAAUGGAAAGAACAUCCAGAAUGUUAUGAUUGACUGCCAUGAAGCCAUAACUGAGUUCUCACUCAAUCUUAAAAAUUUUUUGUUGUAUAAUAUUUACAAAAUAAUUUUUUCAUGCUGUGUAUUGGUAAAGUACUGCUAAAUACAUCAAGAUAAGGGUGCCUAUUGCUAAGAAACAACACAAUUGUUGUUUGAGCUCUAUUUAAUACUGGUUACCAAAUAUGGCAGUUAAGCACUUCAGAGAAUAUCUAUGGAUGCAAUCAACAACUGGAGUAUUAAAAUUAUUUUCACUAAAAUUCAGCCGUGUUAAAUAUAAAUGUACAAUUUACCACUGUAAUCAACACACAAUUUUAUCAUAGCCACUUGGUGACCAUAUUUUUUGUACAAAACUAUUAAAUAUAUAUAUUGUCACAUAUGAA